AUGCGAGCUGGACUACUCAAUCGGGGACGGACCCUCGGUAUUGGAUGCUGGAAUGUGCGAACGUUCCUGGACCGCGGUACCCAGAGUCUGACCGCGCUCAGCCUUGAUCAGUACAACGUGGAUGUCUGCUGUCUGUCUGAAGUUCGACUCCCUGACUCAGGCUCCCGCAAAAUAAAGAUCCCUGGAGUCGAAUCACUCUUUACCCUGUACCACAGCGGCCCGUGCGAAUCUUCUAGUCGACACGGUGUGGCGAGCGCCCUAUCGCAACAUGUGGACCUCGCGCUACUUGCUUGGGAACCAGUCAAUGACCGGAUGACCUAUGUGCGACUGAAGGGUCACUUAACGAACAUCUCAGUCCUCUCUGUGGACGCACCAACUUCGGCUGUCGAACAGCGCGAUAAAGAGGCUUUUUACUCGCAGUUGCAAGCGUUUGUUGAAAGACUGCCUUGCCGCGAUCUGCUGAUUAUUGAUGGCGAUUGGAAUGGUCGAACUGGACCUGGCGUCCCCACAACCAGUCAUCUUCUUGGCCGCUUUGGACUUGGUUCCCGAUGUGAAAAUGGUGAGAGAUGGCUGAACUUCGCUGAUCGAAACCGACUGCUUGUCACCAACACAUGUUUCCAGAAUCGCAAAAAACAUCUGCUGACCUGGUAUUCAAACGUCGGCCAUACGGCCAGUCAGAUCGACUACAUACUAGUCAGCUCAAGAUUCCGCAGCUGGGUUCACGAUAGCAGAUCGAUGCGUGGUGCCGAGACUGGUAGCACCCAUGGGUCGGACCAUAUCCUCGUUCGCCCACGCUUGAAAGUUCAUCUCUCAUCCGCGCCAAAAAUGUCACGUCCUAGUCGCCUCGAUGUCGCAAAAAAUCCGGCAAACCAGCACUGCCGGGGCACUAAGCAGAAAAAUCCGGACCUGUUUUACGAGCCGACGGAGAAGUCAGUAACCAGUGCUCGUCACUGA